GGAGCUGCUGUGGCGACGGACGCGAGGCGGUGGCAGAGGAGACCCACCCCUGUCCACAUGGACAGUCGCAGAGGCCUCCGCUGAUGCAUACACGCCUGGGCGGGGUGGGCGGACGGCCGUAGCGGCGGCGGCGGUGGCUGCAGAGGGAGCGAAGGGCCUGGGGGCGCCUGACGGUCGCGAAGACCUCGCCGCCCCGGCGCGGCGGCUGCGGCCAUUUUACGGCCCGGGACGAAGGGAGGUGUGUUUGUGUGCUCGCCUUCAGCCUUUCUUCCUGGGGCCCGCGGCUGGGGAGAGCGUCUCAGGCGGCCUGGGUAGGCGGUGGAUGGGGAGUCGUGGGCCGAGAGGAACCGGGCCCGGGAAGCGCCGUCGCCGUCGUCGCCGCUCGCGUUCCCCCGGAGGGGCCUGAGGAGAAGCCCAGGCCGCGGGCCUCGCCACCCGCCAGCCCGCGGAUAGGCCCGGGAGCGCCUGGCCUGCUUUUGUGUAGGCCCAUCUGGACGUGGGAGCGCCGCCCCCCUGACGGCCGAGUUCUAGGCCCGCAACCCUGCGGCGGCUACCCUCCUGCGGCGCGGCCCCUCAUCCCGGCGAGCGCGGCGGUGGUGUGGGCCAUGGAUUAAGAAGGAGGCGGCGUGGGAGGAGGAAGAUGGCGGCUGGCAAGAGCGGCGGCAGCGCUGGGGAGAUUACUUUUCUGGAAGCUUUGGCUAGAUCAGAAUCUAAGAGAGAUGGAGGUUUUAAAAAUAAUUGGAGCUUUGAUCAUGGAGACGAAAGUGAAGGAGAUACAGAUAAAGAUGAGGCAAAUCUACUCAGUGUAGAUGAAGAUGAGGAUUCCGAGACCUCAAAAGGAAAAAAGUUAAAUCGUCAAUCGGAAAUUGUUUCUACCAGUUCUGGUGAUCCCUGGAAGACAUGUGCAAGACGAAGCAAGGCUGAAAGUUUAAAACCUUUAAAAGGCAACCCAAUUGGACUUAACAUGUUAAGCAACAAUAAGAAAUUGAGUGAAAAUGCACAAAAUGCAUCAAUAUGUUCUGGAACUGUAGUUCAUGGUAGACGUUUUCAACAUGCUAAUGCACAGAUAUCACUAGUAAAAACAGCAGCCCAAAGCAGUCUGGACCAAAAGGAAAGGAAAGAAUACCCACCUCAUGUCCAAAAAUUUGAAAAUAAUUCUGUAAGGUUGAGUCGGCCUCAAGGUGUUGAUCGCGUAAUGAAGAAAACUGAAGAGUCUGAAUCACACCUGGAGUCUGAAAUUAAAAGGAAAGUACCACAGAAACGUCACAGUAGCACAUAUCAGUCUCCGCCUCCUCUGUCUCCUGCUUCAAAAAAAUGUUUAACUGAUUUAGAGGUUUCUAAACAGUGUGGAUAUUGUCCAAAAUGUGGAAAAGAAAAGGAAAAUCAGACCAAAUGCCAAAGUUGUGGUAUUCUUUUUCCUAAGGAUUUGCAAAGAAAUUGCAGACAAGCUAUAACUUUGAGUGAAUCUACUGGACCAUUAUUAAGAACAUCAAUUCAUCAGAAUUCUGGAGGACAGAAGGCACAAAACACAGCAUUACCAUCCAAGAAGUUUUAUGGCAACAGUGUGGGAAAGAUUCCAGUUGAUAUUAUUGUGAAUUGUGAUGAUAGUAGACAGAAUUAUUUACAGACUAAUGGGAAAGUCAUUUUACCUAGGGCAAAAGUAGCCAAAAUCACAAACCUGAAAGAAAGGAAAACAAGCCUGUCAGACCUAAAUGAUCCAAUAAUUUUGUCCAGUGAUGAUGAUGAUGAUGACAAUGACAGGACUAACAGAAGAGAAAGCAUAUCUCCUCAACCUGCUGAUUCAGCAUGUUCUUCCCCAGCACCAUCCACUGGAAAAGUAGAAGCAGCACUAAAUGAAAAUAUCUGUAGAGUAGAGCAUGAACUAAGAAGCAUUCCAGCAGAUUCAGAGUUAAAUACAGUUACAUUGCCAAGAAAAGCAAGAAUGAAAGACCAGUUUGGUAAUUCUAUUGUCAACACACCUCUAAAACGUCGUAAAGUGACAUCUCAAGAAACUUUAGUUGAUCCUGUAUCUUUAAGCUGCCAAAGUUCCUUUGACAGUGUCAUUUUAAACUGUCGAAGUAUACGAGUAGGAACACUCUUCCGGCUAUUAAUAGAGCCUGUAAUUUUUUGUUUAGAUUUUAUCAAGAUACAGCUAGAAGAACCAGAAAAUGAUCCUGUAGGGAUUACUUUAAAUACCUCUGAUCUAACUAAAUGUGAAUGGUGUAAUGUCCGAAAAUUGCCAGUCGUGUUUCUUCAGACAAUACCAGCAGUUUAUCAAAAGCUGAGCAUGCAACUGCAAAUGAAUAUGGAGGAUAAAGUUUGGAAUGAUUCUAAGGGAACAAAUAAAUUAAAAAAUUUGGAAGAACAAUACAUAAUUUUAAUUUUUCAAAAUGGCCUUGAUCCCCAGGCAAAUAUGGUAUUUGAAAGUAUCAUUACUGACAUUGGCAUAAAGAAUAAUGUGUCCAAUUUUUUUGCAAAAAUCCCCUUUGAAGAAGCCAAUAGCAGACUUGUUGCCUGUACAAGAACAUAUGAAGAGAGCAUCAAAGGAAGUUGUGUGCAGAAAGAAAACAAAAUUAAAAACGUGUCCCUUGAAUCUAAAAUACAACUUAAAAACAAGCAAGAAUUUCAAUUUUUUGAUGAUGAUGAAGAAACUGGAGAGAAUCAUACCAUCUUCAUGGGCCCUGUGGAAAAAUUGAUAGUAUAUCCACCACCUCCAGCUAAGGGAGGCAUCUCUGUUACUAAUGAGGAUCUGCACUGUCUAAGUGAAGGAGAAUUUUUAAAUGAUGUUAUUAUAGACUUUUAUUUGAAAUAUUUGGUGCUUGAAAAACUGAAGAAAGAAGAAGCUGACCGAAUUCAUAUAUUCAGUUCUUUUUUCUAUAAACGCCUUAAUCAGAGAGAAAGAAGAAAUCUUCACGAAACAACUAAUCUAUCAAUACAGCAAAAGCGACAUGGGAGAGUAAAAACAUGGACCCGGCAUGUAGAUAUUUUUGAGAAGGAUUUUAUUUUUGUACCCCUUAAUGAAGCUGCACACUGGUUUUUGGCUGUUGUUUGUUUCCCUGGUUUGGAAAAACCAAAGUAUGAACCUAAUCCUCAUUACCAUGAAAAUACAGUCAUGCAAAAAUGUUCAGCUGUAGAGGACAGUUGUAUUUCUUCUCCUUCAGCCAGUGAAAUGGACAGUUGUUCACAAAACUCUUCUGCCAAGCCUGUAAUUAAGAAGAUGCUAAACAGAAAACAUUGCGUAGCUGGAAUUGAUUCAAGUGCCGAACAGGAAGAAAGUGACCCUCAUUAUCGGAGAAACAUAGGCAGCGUGAAAUGUAGUCUGAAAAAAAUAAAUCAUACUGCAAGUGAAAAUGAAGAAUCGAAUAAAGGAGAAUCUACAUGCCAGAAAGUUGUUGAUAGGACUAAAAGUGAAAAUGGCCUACAGAAUGAAUAUUUAAGUUCUAUGCACCAUACAGAUGGCUUAAGCAAAAUUAGACUAAACUAUAGUGAUGAAUCAACUGAAGGUAGCAAAAUGCUUGAAGAUGAACUCAUCGACUUCUCAGAAGAUCAGGAUAACCAGGUAAAACCUAAUGCUUAGCAAAAAGCUCCAAUA